CUCCCUUUAUCAACUCAACGGCGCAAGAGAUUCGUUGUUCUACGACUUAAUAGGUAGUGUUUAACACUACAAUAGAUAUCCCGUGUUCUCCAGCGAUCCACCAUGAUCGAGCCGUCAGACAGAUUUUGGGUGGUCGGUGAACAAGUCAAGGGAAACGUUCAUACAGGUCAGGUUAUCGACUGGGAUCAACGCCGAUGGUAUACAAUCGAGGGCCCAGUAUCACUUAUACCGCCCGAUGAAAACGUCGACAUUGAUGUUCUGAAGUGCUACGUUGGCCAGCUUGGCCAAACCGUUCAAUCUAUAACAGUAGACGAUAAAGGCCUUUUGGUCAAAGUUUCGUCAGACCCAGAGGAUGACCGUACCUUGACUACCCACUACCCACGUUUUGCUACUGCGCCUUCCCUUCAAAACUGUCUCACCGUCCACCUAUCGCAAUUAACUGAAGAGGAUCGACUUGGCCCAAGUGUCGACUUGGUUAGCUAUGUGGACGACUCCGGCACCUCGAAGUUUGCUGUCAAGUAUUACAUGAUCUAUCAAACGAGGCACUGGAUACGGAACGAACUCCAUCUCACCAAAGCUCUCCCUAGGCACCCAAACAUACUCCCGUUUGACCGUGUGGUUCUCUCCGACGCAGAACCCCGUAUUCUUGGUUUUACAACACCAUACAUCCACAACGGCACCAUCGAACAAAAUAAAGACAGGGUCUUUAAACUAGCUUGGCUCCAGCAACUGUUAGACGUGGUAGACUACUUAAAUUUCGACCUUGGAAUUGCGCAUCAAGACAUAGCCCCGCGGAAUCUCCUCGUCGAUCCCAAAACCGACAACCUCCUUCUCUUCGACUUCGACCGUGCUGCUCGUAUCGGCCAACCCAGCUGCUUCCCCCCGAGCGGAACGAUGUCAGCGGCGUCAUUUUCACUCUGUACGAAAUUGUCUCGCAAGAUGACCAUUUCCGGCGCGUGGAACACAGAGAACAGGAUCCAGACGCGGUGCUAGCCCUUGAAAGCUGGCCACUCAAGUGCAAGCUAGACUGCGAGGUUGGGGA